UUGCAGAAUGGGCAGCACUGGAAAUGAUGAGACCAACUAUGGAGAAUACACUUAUGCAAACUUGGAGAGAGAGCCAUACUGGCCUUCUGAAAAGUUGCGGAUUUCCAUCACCGGAGCUGGAGGGUUUAUUGCAUCUCAUAUUGCAAGGCGUCUGAAGAGUGAGGGUCACUAUAUUAUAGCCUCUGACUGGAAGAAGAAUGAACAUAUGACUGAGGAUAUGUUCUGUCAUGAAUUCCAUCUUGUUGAUCUGAGGGUCAUGGAUAAUUGCUUGAAGGUCACUAGUGGGGUGGACCACGUAUUUAACCUUGCUGCUGAUAUGGGAGGAAUGGGCUUCAUCCAAUCCAACCAUUCGGUGAUCUUCUACAAUAACACUAUGAUCAGUUUCAACAUGCUUGAAGCUGCAAGGAUCAAUGGUGUGAAAAGGUUUUUUUAUGCCUCAAGUGCUUGCAUCUACCCCGAGUUCAAGCAGUUGGACACUAAUGUGAGCUUGAAGGAGUCUGAUGCUUGGCCUGCCGAGCCUCAAGAUGCUUAUGGGUUGGAAAAACUUGCUACGGAGGAGUUGUGCAAGCACUACAAUAAGGACUUUGGCAUUGAGUGUCGGAUUGGAAGGUUCCAUAACAUUUAUGGUCCCUUUGGAACUUGGAAAGGUGGGAGGGAGAAAGCCCCUGCUGCUUUCUGCCGUAAGGCAUUAACUUCUACAGAUAAAUUUGAGAUGUGGGGAGAUGGGCUGCAAACUCGAUCCUUCACCUUCAUUGAUGAAUGUGUUGAAGGUGUUCUAAGAUUGACAAAGUCAGACUUCCGAGAGCCAGUCAAUAUUGGCAGUGAUGAAAUGGUGAGCAUGAAUGAAAUGGCUGAAAUAGUACUCAGUUUUGAGAAUAAAAACCUUUCCAUCCAUCACAUUCCUGGUCCUGAGGGUGUCCGUGGCCGCAACUCUGACAACACACUGAUCAAAGAGAAACUUGGCUGGGCUCCAUCUAUGAGGCUGAAGGAUGGCCUCAGAUUUACAUACUUUUGGAUAAAGGAACAAAUUGAGAAAGAAAAAACUCAGGGACUUGAUGUGUCUCUUUAUGGAUCAUCUAAAGUCGUGGGAACCCAAGCACCGGUCCAGUUGGGUUCCCUUCGUGCAGCUGAUGGAAAAGAAUGAAGUCAACAUCCUGAAUUUAUUGCCAAUAGCUUUCACACUCUGAUGGUAGCCACUUGGUCUGUAAGAAAUUACAGCGAAAAAACAUAGCGUUGAAAUCAGUAAAUUUCUUCUGCAUUAUAAUAUCCCGUUCUAUAUUGUGUAAGUCAGGUAUUAUUGUUCCUUCUUGUCUGUAUUUUGACAGAUAAUUCGUGUUGUAGGCUGAUAUCGGCAUUGUUAUACGGUAUCACCAUCGUCGCAGUGCCUAUAGUUUCUGAGAAAACAUUUUAAUAAAUAGAAGAAAAAAGUGAUUUUGUUGUAAUUGAUGGUA